CUCUCUCCCUCUCAUUUCUACUCUUUCCGAAAUUCGUGGUUCACAACUUCACACACCAGACAGUCAAUCCAUUGGAUGUGGAGUUAGGGAGAUUUCUUCUUGAUCACCUCUCUCUAGGGUUAAAGUUCGUCGAUUUCAUGUAACUCAAUCUGACCCAACAAGAAAAAAGGAACCUUUCUGCAAUUCGAUUGAGCUGAUUGAAAUCAUGCCUGGCAACGGAGAUGGAGGCAAUUUCUAUUGGGUGCGGAAUCAGCAGAGCCCAGAAAAUCUCAAAGGAAUCGUCGUAGUUUUCUCAUGGAUUUCAGUUCACGAGACCAUCUUAAGAACUUACACAGAUCUAUAUUCUUCUCUUGGAUGGAUCUCUCUUGUUUCUCACUCUGAUUUCCUCAAUCCGUUCUUUCCUGAUAGGUCUACAUCAUUGGCAUUUAAUCUCCUUAAUGAACUAGCUGAGGAAUUGAAAAUUCGACCAUGCCCUUUAGUGCUUGUAGCCUUAUCUGGUGGCUCAAAAGCUUGCAUGUACAAAUUUCUUCAGAUACUUGAGGGAGGAGUAGGGAAUGUACAACUUGAACUGGUUAGGGAUUCCAUCUCUGGUCAAAUUUAUGAUUCUGCCCCUGUUGAUUUCGCUCGGGACUUAGGUGCGCGAUUCAUACUUCAUCCUAACAUCUUCAAGGUGCCCGGUUCAAAUAAACUGAUGUCCUUAUUUGCAAAAGCUGUUACUUUUGGUGCGGAUGCUUUGUUCUUUACCAGAUCGGGUUACUGGAAAACUAUUUAUUCCUCUGUGAAUUUGGAAUGCCCGUUUCUCGUUCUGUGUUCAGAAACAGAUGAAUUCGCUCCAUAUCCUGUCAUCAUCAAUUUCGUUAAGCAAAUCGAGAUUCUCGGAGGAAAUGUUAAACUUGUCAAAUUUAACGAUUCCCCACAUAUAGGUCACUACAAUAAUUACCCGAUACAGUAUAGAUCAGCAGUAUCAGAUCUACUUGAACAAGCAGUUUCAAUAUAUUGCAAUAAGAAUCCGGGAUUUGGAGAAAGAAGUUGUAACCACAUGAAAGAGAUGAAGGAUGAGAUAUCGGGUUUGAUAAGCGAUCUCCAAAACGCAACAAUAGACCUAAAGAAAGAAGAAGAAUGUGUUCACUUGUGGAGUCCUCCGAAAAUGAAUGCGCACACUUUGCUCGGUGAAAUUCUAUUUGAUGCUUGUGUUCCAAAAAAUGUUGAAGGUUGGGAUAUAAAAUUCGUCAGUGGUUGUAAUAAGCGUUCUUCGUCUAGCCCCACUAAACGUGUUCGAUCGAGAUUGUAGGUUUUGGAGUUGAUAUUUGUAGAUAAGAAGAGAAAUGUGAAAUUUUCAUUGUAGAUUAUUUUGUAUAUCACUUCUCCUUUUGAAAUAUGUCUAUUCAAAUUUCAAGUGUGCCCAUAUAUUUGUACAUAAGAAUAAUAACUAAGAGUGAGCAACUUUUUACUUUGUUA